AUGGAGUCGCAAGAAGACUCUGACGACGUCACUCUACAUGCGCAGCCGGUCAACGCGCUGCAUACCGUGGCCGGAGGGUGUGAGGCGCGGGGCGAGGAGACGUUCUUGGAUUUUAUGAGAAGGAUCAACAGGGGCGGUGGUUAUGGAAUAGACACUCAGGCGCUGUUCCAAGAAGAUCAUGAAAGGAUGCUUCUUGAAGAAUACAUGAAGAACGAGGAGCAGAAGGAUCCGACGCACGCACCGUCACCAGUUGCUGCGGAUCCAUUGGUAGAUGCUGAUGCGACUUCAGCGCCGUCUAAGCAGGAUCCAGGCCCGUCACCUCUAGCCGCAGGGCGCGAUGCCGAAGCUACCGCUGGGCCGAAGUCUGCCCCGCCACCAGCAGCUGCACCGUUGGAGGGAGGAGCUCAGGCUACCGCUGGGCCGAAGUCUGCGCCGCCACCAGCAGCUGCACCGUUGGCAGGAGUAGCUCAGGCUACCGCUGGGCCGAAGUCUGCCCCUCCACCAGCAGCUGCACCGUUGGCGGGAGGAGCUCAGGCUACCGCUGGGCCGAAGUCUGCCCCGCCACCAGCAGCUGCACCGUUGGCGGGAGGAGCUCAGGCUACCGCUGGGCCGAAGUCUGCCCCGCCACCAGCAGCUGCACCGUUGGCGGGAGUAGCUCAGGCUACCGCUGGGCCGAAGUUUGCCCCGCCACCAGCAACUGCACCGUUGGCGGGAGGAGCUCAGGUUAAUUCAGGGCCGAAGUCUGCCCCGCCACCACUCACACCUGCCCGCAUCGGAGCUGCUGAAGCUACCAUGGGACCAGAUCCUGGGGAAAAAGGCGGAGACAACCAGCCUGCACCCGUGGACGCGCAUGCCAACGCUGCCCAAGCCACUACGGAUGCUGGCGACGUUGGUGAGGUGUGCGGCCAUGUACAGACGCUUGGUCUGAUGCAGCGUGGUAAGCUUAUGUGUUCUGUUAGAUUCAAUGUUCCACACCAAUGGAAAGGAAUCUGGAUGAUGUAA